AUGGAAACUAAUAUCCAGAACCUUCUUAGCUUAGAUGAGCACGGCGGUCUCUUUUUUGUUGACACAAAUCCAGAAACUUCUUCUCCUUCACCUACAGACUCUCCGAAGCCUCGCGAUCCCCUCAUGGAAGAUUUCAAAUCUAUUCUAUUAAAUUUAUACGCUUAACGUCCCUUACGGGGUUGCCCCAUCCCAGAGCUUCCGCCUGCCCUAUGGCGCAUCGGGCACACUGGCCUCUGGGUCGACCAGCUUUGUUUCGCCAAGGUGCGUCUAGUGGUAGACGUUGCCGACUUCGACGGCUGAGCUACUUCGCUUGAGGACAUGGGUUGCCAUUCCGAAAAUCCAUAAAAAAUGGAUUUUCUGGUAGGCUUUCGGCAAAAAGGAAAACACGAAGCCUGGGACGUAACGCCCAGUUUCACGCUAGGGAGUGGCCCGAAUGGUCCUAACGGACUUGGCUGAGCUUCCCCUUUCCAACUCACGUGCCUCCUUCCCCAUGAGGAAAAAACAUCCCUGAAAAUAGACUUAGGCUAGGCUCUGAGCACCACCAGAAUUGCUUACUUAGCAUUGCCGUCCCUUUCUGAAAUGCAAAACCUUGCCGGAUAUAAUUAAAAUAUGAGUCGAGACUGCAUGGCCGGGAGGCCAUGCCCCCAGACGAAGAGGCCAUAUUUUAAUUGGAAGAUUUCAAAUCAAAUGGCCGCUACUACGAAGACCCAAACCCUCUCAUAAAGUGUUUUAAUUGCAACGAGUUUGGCCAUAUGUCCAAUUCUUGUCAAAGUAUGUCAUACAAGUUCAGGUGCAACUAUACUAUGUGAAGCCUAAUAGCGCUCUAUUGACUACGCCACAUCUAUCUCGCUUCGAGUUUGGCAUGCUUCUCAUUUUUGAAAAGUUAAUAAAGGAAUGAAAAACUCAUAUAUAUUUCCCACAAUUUUAUUUUAUUUCAUUAAAUUUAUAAAUUCUCUAAAAACGUUUUAAACUGGAAUUGAGAGGGUAGGGCAUCCUUAAAGAUUGCUAUUAGCACAUAUAUGGUAUAUUGUGGUGAACUUGGACAUACCGCGUAUUCUUGCACCCAAAUAGUUUGUCAUCGGUGCCUGAAUGUUGGACAUAAAAUAAACCAAUGCCGGGCCGAUACAAAUGAUAAGUGUGGGAUAUGCAGAAGAGCAGGACAUAGGCCUAGGGUUUGCAUGCUGAGAGAUAAACCAUUAGAAGAUUCACAACUAGCAAAAUUGACUUGUUUGAAUUGCGGGGAAAUUGGGCAUACAAAUUGCUACGAGCUUGAAAGCUACUCAAAAACAGUCUACUGCUGUAAAUGCGCAGAAAAAGGACAUCUGUGGGAUGAAUGUGAUAGGAAAAGAAAUAGAGAGGUGGAGGAGGAUCGGAGAAAAGAGAAUGAAGGACGAAAAAAACAAAAAAUAGAUAGUUUGUUUUAG